ACAAGCCCAGGCGACCGUGCAGCAGAUUGUUGAAAAUGUUUACUUCCGUGCCUUUACAGUCUUCUUGAUUCUGGCAGACUUUAUUCUGGUCAUUAUUGGCCUGGCUUUGUAUCAUUGUGCCAGCAGUGAUGAACCAUUGGAGAUUAUUGCUCACAUCAUCAUUAUUUAUUUCAUCUGUGAAAUAUCUGGCCGCAUGUUUUACCUGGGAAAAAAGUUUUUCUGGAACUGGCUUGAUGUCAUAGACUUGUUUGUGGUGCUCGUUUCAUUCGUCGUGGAUGUGGUAUUCAUGGUGAUGUCAGAAUCAAACUGCGGAAAUAGUGAACGCUAUGCUCAACUGGUUGUGAUUGGCAGAGUGGUGCGAAUUAUAAGAGUGCUACGAAUUGUGUACAUAAUGGUUGUGCAGCACCGGCAGGUUAUCAGAGCAACCCGGCAGAUGGUGUCACAAAAUAAGCGGCGGUAUCAGAAGGAUGGCUUUGAUCUAGACUUGUGCUACAUUACAGGUGAGAGGAGUUAUAAUGAAUCCUUGUUUUUCAACAAUGUUGUCAGAAUUUAUAUUGAUGAUCACAACGUUCCAAAGCUAAGUGAGAUGAUAGACUUUGUUGCCAAUGCUCGUGAAUGGAUGGCAGCAGACAUGGAGAAUGUGAUAGCCAUCCACUGCAAAGGGGGCAAAGGUCGGACUGGAACGAUGAUCUGUAUCUGGCUCAUAGACAGUGGACUGUUGGAGAAUGCACAGGAAAGCCUUGAAUACUUUCGUGACAGAAGAACAGACCUGAGCAAAGGAAGUACUUUUCAAGGAGUAGAAACACCCAGUCAGAGCCGCUAUGUGGGGUACUAUGAAAGGCUGAAGAAUGAAUUUAAUGGUCAGCUGCCACCAAAGAAAGAUUUAAAGUUAAUGUCACUCAAAAUAUCUGGGAUCAACAGUGUUGGCAAAGGAGAUGGCAGCGACCUCUUCAUGGAGUUGAGACAAAGUGGUCAGCUUAUCUUUACCUGCCAUCUGGGUUUGCAAAGUAAUUGUGAGACGCAGAAAGAUGCUGCCAGUGACACUUUAAUUAUCUACCCUAAAAACUGUCCCAGUGUUCAAGGGGAUAUCAAGAUUAUGUUCAAAACGCACAAU